GUCUCAAAGAUAUAGUCAUCUCCAAUUUACAUAUAUUUUAUAUAUACUUCCUUUCAGUAUCAUAUACGUAUAUACUUAAUAUAAUAUAUAUUCAAGUAAAUUACUUAUAAAAAUGGUGUGUAAAUCAGAAACAUCAAACAGGAAAUUGAACAAGGUGAGGCAAAGGAAGGGAUUAUGGUCACCGGAAGAAGAUGAGAAGCUUAGGAGUCAUGUGCUCAAGUAUGGCCAUGUGUGCUGGAGCACUAUUCCUAUUCAAGCUGGAUUGCAGCGGAAUGGGAAGAGUUGUAGACUAAGGUGGGUUAAUUAUUUAAGACCUGGACUUAAGAAGAGUGCGUUCACUAAAGAAGAAGAAACCACACUUCUCUCACUCCAUUCCAUAUUGGGUAACAAAUGGGCACAUAUAUCAAAAUAUUUACCUGGAAGAACCGACAACGAGAUAAAAAACUAUUGGCAUUCUUAUCUAAAGAAGAGUGUAGUACCUUCGAGAAAAGAUGAAACCACAAGAACCCCUCAAACACAUUCAGUCGCAAACUCACUUGAGGCCUUUGAAAGUACAUCCGAAAGAUCUUCUUCAUGCAGCAACUUCGGGGACUCAUUUAGGGCCAAAGUAUCAAACUUUUCGCCAAGUCUCGUGUUCUCCGAAUGGUUAGAUGACAGUUUGGUAAUGGAUCAAUCACCUCAAAAAUAUAGUUAUGUUCAAGACCAUAUUGUGCCGCAACAGAGUGGAUUUGUUGAAACGUUUAGCCAGGGUUUUUACGAAAACAACAACUCGUUGGAUAACUUCAUACCAAACUCGGGCUUUUCGUUGGAGGGUGACAUUGAGUUCUGUACUUCAUUUUCAGACAGCUUUUUGGUCGACGCUCUCGUAAGUGAACAAGGGUCAAUGUAAAUGUGUAGCGAGCCUACAAAUGUUCGAGAUGCGAAGAGUCUGAGUAAAUUACGUGCGUAGAAGCGAAUAAAAGCGUACAUAAUUUUAAUUAGACUUCCUUUUUAAGUUGCAUUUUUAAUACUACUUCAAAACGUUCUAAUUGUUGUAUAUCUAAUAAAGAUCAAACCGGUUUGGAGCGAUCAGUUUAA